AUGUUCGUCCAGUACGAAGGCAGUAUGGAGUUUGGACGGUAUCAUGGCUCAGGUGUGCUGAACCUUCCUGACGGCAAUCGAUACGAAGGCGAAUUCCAGAACGGUGAGUUUCAUGGUCACGGGACACUGUACUUCCCGGAAGGGAAGCUGGAAGGAGAAUGGGCGUGUGGCAAGCAAGUUGAAGGCACCUUCACCUUCUCGGAUGGUCUUGAAUACGCACCAGCCAACUGGACGUACUGCACAGACGUUAAUCGACAAUACUACUCGGAGUCAGUAUCUCCUCGAGGCAUCUUACCGGCUGGAGAGCUCAACUACUUUGACACCGGCGUCCAUCGUGUGGUGCCGCUCGGAUCAUUCGACGCAGGUAACGGUAUUUACACACCUUCAACAGGCCUAGUAUCAGCUUAUAAUGAUCCGUCGAAAACGCGAGAACCUACUGAGCAAGAAAAAGAAUGGAUCCUGACGCGAGCACCGAAGGCUACAACCAAAGACAUGUCCAUCAAUUGAACAGCAUACAACAUGCAUUAAACCAAUAAAGUCCGC